AUUCACAUCGCCGUGCAAGUAUAUUUUGUUGGCGAUUGCAUUGUGAUGGAGGCUCAAGGUGCCGCCGCAUUGCAAGUCCUGCGCAUGACGGACUUGGUUGUCCUGAUUUGCGAUUUCCAGCAGGGAAAGUACCCGCAUCUCGGCCCUCUUCUGUCGUGCUGCAUCGACCCUCAAACGUUCAAGGUGGACGAUUGGUAUUACGUGAAGCAUAUGGGAUCGGAGCCGCUCCGCCGAUUCGACGAAGUCUUUCAAGCAGGGUUUGCGAUCUACGGUCAUGCGGGACUGCGACGCCUGUUGUCCCAGGAAAAGAGGUCCAUGUCCAUCAUCCUGUCAGCUUAUGCGGCGUUUUCUGGCAAUGUCGACCUCCUCAUGUAUUUGUGCGACCGCGAGUUGGUGUACUCGAAUCGAUUUGUCGUCGACACGGCGGCGUUGCAAGGGCAUUUGAACAUCUUACGAUGUCUGCACGAACGCAAUCUAUGUGGAUUCACAUCGCGUACCAUGGACGCCGCUGCACACAACGGCCAUCUCGACAUCAUUCGCUUUCUUCAUACGACGCGAAUGGAAGGUGCUUCGAAGAACGCCAUGACCUGGGCUGCGCGCAAUGGUCAUUUGGAAGUUGUUCAAUUUCUGCAUGCGUAUCGCCGUGAAGGGUGCAGCGUUGGUGCAAUGGACUGGUCCGCAACGUAUGGGCACUUGGACGUUGUCGAAUUUUUGCAUGUUCAUCGGUUAGAAGGCGGGACGGUCGAAGCCAUGGACGGCGCCGCAGCCCAUGGCCACUUGCACGUGGUCAAGUUCUUGCACGCCCAUCGCCGCGCGGACGGCAUGACGGCGCAGGCAAUGAACGGCGCAUCAGCCAAUGGCCACCUCGAAGUCGUGGAGUUUCUCCAUCACGUCGCCAACGCCCCUUGUACGACCGCCGCGAUGGACAAUGCUGCUGCUUAUGGACAUUUGAAGGUUGUGCAGUUCCUCCACGCCCAUCGGCGCGAAGGAUGCACCACUCGUGCAAUGGACGACGCUGCACGAAACGGACACUUGGAAGUAGUCCAGUUUUUGCACUUGCAUCGAACAGAAGGCGCGACGACAGCGGCCAUCAACAGAGCAGCGCAGAAUGGUCACUUGGCUGUUGUCAAGUACCUCCAUACAAGUCGAAACGAAGGAUGGACCAACGAAGCGUUCGAGCACCGCGAGGAAGUGAACCGUCAUGUCGAUGUCGUCGCCUAUUUAAACAGCGCCCCCCGUCGGGAGGAUUAAGUUGGAAGAAUUGAGUUAUCCUUAAAUCCUGC